CGCAGUCGACCUAUCAAUUCGUUGAAAAUCAAAACAAAGAAUGUGCACGUAAAUAACACUUCAAGAAGCAUUUUUCGGGGCUCAAAAUGCCUCCUUGGUUCAACAAUUGGAUACCGGAAUGGGUGAAAAAAAGCGUGUGUUCGUGCUUGAUCAAAAGAUACCUGAGUCAAUACAUAGAAAAUGAAAUAACGCGAGAUCAACUUAAUCUGGAUUUAUACAAUGGACGAGCUACAGCAGAAAGGAUCGGCCUUGCUAUUGAGGCACUAAAUGAACUAAGCGAAGCGCAAAAUUGGCCAGUUGAAUUUGUUGAUGGCUACAUAGAUAUAAUACACAUUAGUGUACCAUGGUCUAGUAUAUUUACCAGCUCUACCGAAGUUGAAAUUUGUGGUUUAAAAAUAACAGUUCAGCCAAAACAAAGAAAAGAAGAUGCAACAUCCAUGUUUGAAUCAAUGUGGAAUUCCAUGACCAGUUCAAUGCAUUUAGCAGAGGAGUUUGCCAAAAAUGAAGCAAAAGAAACUAGUACGCAAGCUAUUGAAGGAAUAGAGAUAUUUGCGCAAACCAUAGAAUCCAUUGUUCGUAAGAUUAAAGUUACUUUUAAGGAUACAGUUAUUCAAGUGGAACAUUUGCCCAAAGAAAGUGAUAAAGGUGUUGGACUUUUAAUUAAUAUUGCCUUAAUGACAUAUUGUGAUGAGGCUAGUUUUGAAGAUCCAGAUUUACGAGGUACUAGAGAUUCAAAUUCAAAAGAAGAUCCAAAGAAAGCAUAUUUAAUUGACUCUUUUACCAUAAAAGAUAUUGUUAUAGAAGGUGUUAAAUUAUCUACCAUAGAGUUCCCAAGUGUAGAAAGGACUAUUUCCAGAUCUAUAUUGACAAAUAGUAGUUGUACUUCAAAAGAUGAAGAAAGUUGUAGUGAAUUAGAAGAAAUUGAACCGAAGGACGAACUGCCAAAAAAGUUAGAAUAUUCAAAUGAUGAUGACUUAAACCCUGAGAGGCAUAUCAUUGCGUUUGGUAACUUUUAUAACAAACUAGAGGUAAAAAUGAAAAUAAAACAAUCUGAAAACGUUAGCGGACCCAAAGUGGCUAUAGAAAUCAACUUAGGAUCUUUGGUAUUGUUCUUGUCACCUAGACAGUUUCAUAUUUUGAUGGAAUUGGUAGAGGGUUUUUCAUCACCAGAUUUAGAGGACAAUAGCAACGUACCGCACAAGAAUCAGUUUCCGUCUAGACCAAUGACACAAAAGGAUUAUGAAAGAGUUGAAGAACAACUGGGAGACCUACUAAACCCGCUCAAUCAAUUUCAACCCUUUAAUUUGCAAAAAACACAUGGUUGGUCUGCUGGUACUUUAGAUGAUAGUACAGAUAGUCAGUAUCUCUUAAUGAAAAAUGCUACAAGUGCCAUGUAUGACAGUAACAUUAGUGGAAUAAGUAGUUCAAUGGAUUCUAGUAUGACGUCAAGUAUGGUUAGCUCCAUGACUGAUAACACGAACCAUACACGAAGACGAGUCAGCAAUCUUGACACUGACCCUACUGCUGAGAUAUCCCGAUUUCAAGUUCGUUUAGCCUCAUUGGCCGUUAUUCUUUUGCACGAGGACAUUCUCACUCAUCAGACUGACAACGAGAAAGUUCUAGUCAAGCAAAUGCAAAACACCGUCGAAACUUUCUUUAAAAACAUAAAUGCGAACAUAUUUACUAGUCUGAGUCACCAAGGAUUCGAUCAAAUACAUAAAUUAUUUGAUGAAGCGUGCAACUUAAGCCAUUUAAGAUUGUUAUCAUCUCCUCUUCAUAUUGAGGCAGAUGAAAAAACUACUUCUACCGCGUUUUCCAUAACCGGUCAUUUGACAGCCAACAAAUUUGAUCUUUUGGAGUGUCUACAUAAUUCGGAAAAGGUCACGUAUGUUCCUAUAGUUAAUUUUAACAGGGCUGGUUCUAGUUUACCCAGUUCAGUUAAGUCAAACGUCAAGUUGAAAUUUAAACACGUUCAACGAAGUAAUCCUAACAGUAGGAGUCACGGACCAAAAUCUGAUCUAUCGAUUUAUAUGGAUAAGUGCUCUGUAGAAUGUGAUAUAUCUAUAAUAGAUAGGAUUACUGGCUUAUUAAAUUGUCCCCCAAUAUGUACCUCAGUUAAGACAGGGACGAACAUAUGGGGUACAAAUCAGGCACAAUACAAACCGACCAUAAACACAGCUGAAAAUGAAUCUACUUUAGACCUGAAAGUGAUCUGUCCAUUUUUGAAUUUUAAAUUAAGGUUUCCCAUACCAGACUUUCGACCUGCACAUGACAUGAGCAAAAUUCCAUGGUGGGAGCGGAAUGUCAGACCAGAUUAUGUAUCUCUCCAGUUGCAUGAUGCCAAUUUUCACUCAAUAUUCGUAACAAACCAAACAGUCGGCGAGUAUUCUCUGGAAUGCAAACUUCUAGACAUUUACUAUUAUGAAUCUGAGCAUUGUACGGGCUUACACAUCGGUAGAUCAGGAAAAGAUGAUAAAUAUAGUUCCAUAGAACAAAGUACUCCUCAGACUAGGUUAUGUAUUAAGGUGUAUCCUAAGAGUCCCUGUGAAGAGAACAUAGUUAUAUCUGAUCCAAUGACGCAUUCGUUGUAUGAUGCUUUUGAGAAUCAGGGUAACUCUGAACCAGGUCCCUUUAGUGCUAAAAGAGUUGUACAUGAAAGUGAUACUCCACAUAAUAAACAUCAUAAAGAUGAAAAUGAAGAACUAGUGAUACCAGGAGACAAAUCUGAACUUGAAGAUUUCGUUCAAUCGACCAGUUCGAACGUCGAAACGUUGGUAGAAGUGACAUUGCCAAUAGUUUCCGUUCAGUUACAAUCUAAAAGAAUCUACGAAUUGAUAUACAAUAGAAUAAAUAACGAUUUAUUGUUAUGGGCCCCUUCAGCGCCUAAGCCAACAAAUAGUCUAUACAAUCCUGUUUAUGGUGGUGGAAAUCUGCAGGAUUUUGAUUUGGACGAUAAUUUUAUUAUGGCUAAAAGUGGAGUCCAAAUAGAUUCUGACAGUGAGUCGAGCGAUGAAGUAUCAGAGAAUUGCGCAAGCAACAUAUUUUAUUCAACAUAUGACUCCAAAACUAAGCAUUCCCCAAAAAAUAUCCAGGCGACUGGAAGAAGAAAUAGCCAAAGCGAAUUUGUUUUAUCUCUUAACAUUGGCGAAGGUUUGGUUUGUGUAAAUCCGCCGGUUAGAGACGCAGCCUCCAAUGUAAUACCAGGCCAACAAGGAGAAUUAUUCUUAAAAAUAAAGAAAGCAAGUGUAUAUGUUGUGAGUGGAUACAAGGGCGAUAAUGAUUUAGGUUAUGUUUGUGUACAGUUGAGUGAUGCACAUCUCUUUCAUUCUGAUAUGCAGCCAGCUCCUAAUACCAGUCCUCCUUUAAGAGAAGCUGAUUCUAUGGCUGGAAAAUAUUUAUUAUCUACUAUUUAUCAAUCGGAUGGUAAAGUUCUAGCCGGAUCAAACAGUCAUGGGGCUGAAAGGGAAAUGUUCACUGUCGCUGUUAAGAUACAAGCCAAUCACGAAACACACCACGUGAAAGUUGUUACUGUGUCACUAGGACUGAACAGAGCUACCUUGAGGCACAGAAUGAGCCGAGAACCGAAUUCUUGGAUAUCGCAUAUUUUGGACUUCUUCAACGUUCAGGAUUAUCCAAUUCCUGGAUACAUAGCCAAAGACGUUCUGACGGAACUGCAUUUAAACUUGUGGGAUUGUGCAGUAGAUUACAGACCGUUCCAUUUGCCCUUAAGAUCGGUGAUCACUAUUGGAAACUUCUGUUUGUGCUCACAUUUGACAGCCGUCUCUAAUACUUCCACCCUGUUGUUCAUAUUCGAAGAUUGUCGCUUGUUUUUGAGCGAAAAAGCUCCCCCUAAAAAUGGAGUACCUUCUAAUGCAGCUGUAGACUUGGUGAAGGACUACGUGAACGUGGUAGAAUUGGCAUUAUUCGAGAUCAGCAUCAAAACCGCAAAUAAGAAGAGUGGCAUUAAUCCAUACAUAGAUCUGCGAGCUUCGAAUAAUAUCUUGAACAUUAGAACUUGUUCGGAUAGCGGGAGGGCAUUAUUCCAACUACUGACGUACUACAUAAACGACGGGGAUAUAAAUCCUGAACCAUCUGCUAGUGAAAAUUCCACUACCAGUCAUGUAGAUGAUGCAGAAGAGGAACUGGUAACCGUAGAACAAUAUGAGAACACUUUAUCCAAAAGCCAGCAAGAUCAGUUGGCAGAAAUGCUACAAGAAGCAAUGCAAGAAAGUCCGAAAGGAAAUAAAGUCAAGAUGAACGUGCCUAUGACAGGUGCCAAACUGUUCUACUUUCCUGAUGAAAUGGAGGCAUUAGAGGACUUGCCUCAUAGCAAUUUGCCCCAAAUCAAUGCAGACUUGGGCGAGAUCAACCCAUACCAUUUUGGCACAAGCAAACACAACAGCAGUGACAUAUACGAAGAGUUCUGUAUAAUAGAUAUCGACACAAUUUCAGGUUUGUUUCCAAAAGAUGGCGUGCCAGAGAUCACCUGGUUGACUGACGCACCUGUUAAUGUGGUGGAGCAUUAUAUUUCAGCACCUGUAGGAAAAAGAGAUGUACUGGAACCUCCAAAGGAUUUUCCCACGCCCACUAUGCGCUACACUCUCUGCGAAAUGUCGAUAAUCUGGCAGAUGUUCGGCGGAAACGACUUCAAAGUACUUGAAAAAGAAGUCUCGAAAAAAGAGGUUAGGUUUUCGGAGAAGCAUUUCAACGACCGAGUCACUUUCUCCAGCAAUAGUGCUAAAGUCACUUUUAAUCAAGACCAAAAAUCUGAUAACUUAUCGUGGAUUACGAGAGGUGGUAUCGACAGGGACCAUAACACGCUCAUGGAGCUACAGUUUAAUAAGGUUAGAUUUAGACACGAAUUAUAUCCAGAAUCGUCAAAACAGGCCUCUAGACAGGUGCUGUCAAUUUCCGAUGUAGAAGUGCGAGAUAGACUGGCAUCUAGUCAAAUUAAUAAAUUUCUGUAUCAAUAUUUUAGUCAGGCCAGACCUAAGAAGUCUCAUUCUAAUAUGGUACUAAUCAAAGCAUUGCACAUCAGACCAGAUGCUAAACUCAAAACUCAAGAAUGCAUGUUGAAAGUAGCUUUACUACCAAUAAGACUAAACAUAGACCAAGAUGCUCUCUUGUUUUUGAUUAAAUUCUUCAAAGAAUUGGGUGGAGAUACAUCAGAAACUAACCUGGACACAGAAAAGGAAUCAUCGUUGCAAAAUACGCCAACUCAUCAACCUCCUAUAAUGUCAAUUGCUGCCGACGAAGAUGAGGAAGAAAUUAAGCAGAAAGCCAAACAAGCUGUCAAUGAAAAUUUAAUAUUAUUAGAGAGCAGAUAUCACGCAGAACCGGAGGAAAACCUUGAUAGUAGUUCCAGUACUACUGCAGAUGAUUCGCCUGUGUAUUUUAGAUACGUAGAAUUUUCAAGGGAUGUCUUGAUCCGCUUAGAUUAUCAAGGCAAGAGGGUGGAUAUGAGCCACGGACCAAUAGCUGGUCUAUUGAUGGGAUUAGGCCAAUUAAAUUGUUCAGAAAUAAGACUUAAACGACUGGUAUAUAGGCAUGGACUAUUAGGGGUUAGCAAGCUCCUCUCUUAUUUACUGAAAGAAUGGUUGAAUGAUAUCAAGAAAAACCAGUUGUCGACAAUCCUGGGAGGAGUAGGUCCAAUGCAUGCUUUGAUGCAACUAUUCCAAGGUGUUCGAGAUUUGUUUUGGUUGCCCAUUGAACAAUACCAGAAAGAUGGAAGAAUUGUGAGGGGUCUCCAGAGAGGUGCAAACAGUUUUACAACAUCAACAGCGCUGGCAGCUUUAGAACUAACGUCAAGAAUAAUAUAUUUUAUACAGAUUACAGCUGAAACAGCUUAUGAUAUGCUCUCACCUGGCCCUAGUAUAAGAAUGAGGAAGAAACUGAAGCAAAAAGGAAGAAAGAAACGUCAUCAUCAACCUCAGGAUAUUAGGGAGGGGUUGACUAACGCUUGCAUGGUUGUCCGAGAGGGUUUUGGAGAAACUGCAGACAAUAUAUUCCAAGUGGCCACUCUAGAGAAAGAACAGAAAGGAAUAAGCGGCGCGGUGGGGGCGGUAAUCAGACAAAUCCCCGCCACUGUAAUCAAACCAAUAGUGAUCGCUACAGAAGCUACUGGAAAUUUCCUGGGGGGAGUCCAGAGUCAACUUGUACCCGAUGCUAGAACAGAGGCCAACCAAAAAUGGCGUAGUAACGUUUAAUAUUCCUACAAAACCCUAGACUCGACUAACUUGUGAUAUUUUCGGUGGUUUUCACAUUUCGGCAAUUAUUAUUAGAUUUAUUACUAUCUUUAUUAUAAUUUGGCUUGGACGUAUUUUUUAUUGAACUUAUUACAUGUUCAACUUUUCAGGAUACUUUAUGUGAAGUAUCUAAAUCUCAAAUACAGCAAAUAUCAAAAGAAUUUUUGUUGCUUUGAUGUUAUAUAUAAAAAAUCUUGCUGAAACUGAGU